AUGUCGACAUCAUCCGAGUCCCCCUGGGACGUCUACGAAGACGACCACGACCGCGAUCCUCUAGUCAUCAAGAAGCACAACGGCGAAGAAACUCUCCACUACAAGAAGAUUCCCAACCCGCUCGAGCACUUCUACACCAACCAGGACGGAACUACGAAUGACCUCGACGACUUCGAUCUGAACUAUUGGAUCGCCGAGAUCGAAAAGCGAAGAGCCCACGUUUCGAGUUAUGUCGCUGAGGCCGGUCCGACAGGCUCGAAGUACUCGGAACACGAUCCAGCAAUUGAUCGAGCACGUGCUGUCGUGCAGGGGCAGAUACUUGUGGACACGUACAAGCAGCUGCUCGAGCACUUUACAGAGGCGGCCAAAGUGGAGGUCAAGAGGCUGAAAGCAGGGCGGCAAGAUCCGUGGGAGAGGGAGCGGGCAACUUUGUGGCGCACAGUGGUCAAGGGCUUUCAACUUUUGCGGGAUGAGGCUCAGCAGAUGGCGGACGGGAUGAAGUUCGGGGCUGGUACGAAGCCACUCGCUUAG